AUGCGUGAUGUGAUCAUCCGCCAGGCGGGCGGUGACGCAUUUGUUGCGGGAUGCCACUCUCGGGUAUCCAGGCUACGGCGCCCGACAGCGCCUCGCCCCGCUGCUUGCGUCGAUGGUCUCUGCCCCGCGCCCGAGAGCCAACACGGCACACGUGACGGGUCUAGACGCGCGACACGAAACGCGGUGUCGACGCGACCUGAUUAUGCCUCCUUUGGGUCAAAGUAUGCUCUUAGCGCUUUCCUCCUACUCCCUGCUCUUGCCUCUUCUACGCCUGGUAGCUCUCCCAGAAUGGCAGCCUCGGUUCUAGGCAAGCGCCAACGCGGUGCUAUUGACACAGAAGCUCCGUCAUUACCAUUGCGCAGCGCAAGCAAGCGCCGCACACAACCCCCGCGGAUUCUUCGGGAAGAUUCCAAGGCGUCUUUGUCGUCAUCUCGCCAACUGCGAUCGAGAGCAAAAAAAUCGGACGCGUCACAACAGGACUAUCAAGCCGAUACCAAAGAGGUUGCCAACGAGAAUGUGCUGUCUAAAUCUGUGGGUAAGGAGGAGAAAGAAAAGGAGGAGGAGGAAUCAUCCCGUGUUUCAAAACCGGUCAAUGGUAAGUCACCGACACUUGGCCGCGUUGAAUUGGUAUUAAUCGGCACAGAUGAAAACACCAAGCCCGUUCAACUCAAAACCCCGUCCAAGUCGAGAUUCCGGGACGCUCUAGAUUCUCCGCCCAUUACACCCAGGCAUAGAGUUCAAGUUGGGGGGAAAUCUUUCACUCCACGCACUCCUCGACAGACUUCUACUCCUACGACGACUCAAACAAUAUAUACCGAUGCUAGGCAAUUGUUCGCACGAGGCGCAAAUUCGGUUCAAAUCGUUGGUCGAGAUGCAGAGCGGGAGAAAUUGACGUCGUUUAUUCAAGACGGUAUGAAAUCGCGCCAGGGUGAUUGUUUAUACGUUAGUGGCCCUCCAGGCACUGGCAAAAGUGCUUUGGUCCAGGAGGUGUGUCGUGGAUUGGACCUCAAAUCUGUGAAGGUUGCACAUGUCAACUGCGCAAGCAUGCGGACUGCGCGCGAUGUUUACAGCAAACUUAUUGAAGAUCUGUGCGAAGAUGAUCAGAUCUUCAAAAAAAGCGAGGCCGAUCGGCUGAAGAGUCUGUUCAUUCCAAGUAAGAAACAAGAUGGUUUCUUCCUGGUCACUUUGGAUGAGAUAGACCAUCUUCUUACAGCAGAUGCUGGAGUCCUCCAAUCCCUGUUUGAAUGGGCAUUGCACACCAAGUCUAAGCUUAUGCUUAUUGGCAUUGCUAACGCCUUGGAUCUGACCGAUCGAUCCCUACCACAACUGAAAGCGAAAAACUUGAAGCCUCAACUUCUUCCUUUCCUGCCAUAUAACGCCAGUCAGAUUGCGGGUGUAAUUACGAAUCGGCUUCGGUCACUGCUACCCCAAGGUCAGCAUCAAGACCCGGCCUUCGUCCCAUUUGCUCAGCCGGCCGCCAUCAUGCUGUGCGCGAAGAAAGUGGCAUCUCAAACCGGAGAUUUACGAAAAGCAUUUGAAUUGGUCAAACGUGCCAUCGAUCUCAUCGAGCAGGAAACUCUCGGAAAGCUUGAAAAGCAGGCUACCGGCCCAGAAUCCCCCUCCAAAACUAUUCUCGUCGAAAACAAUAACCUCUCAUCUCCGGCCAAGACCAAGCACAAUCCGACGUCAACCUACACAGUCUUCACAGCGCCACGGGCUAGCAUCGCUCACGUAGCCCGCAUUACCUCCUCUGCUUUCGGUCAAGGAACAGUCCAGCGACUUAGAAAUCUCAAUCUUCAGCAAAAGGCGGCAAUUUGUGUUCUGAUUGCUCUUGAUCGGAAAAAACGCGAAGGAGAGCACCUGGGUACACCGUCAAAGACUCGGCAUUCCGUACCGACCAUCAAGCAAAUUUUCGACACCUACUGCGUCUUGUGUCGCAGAGACAAUCUUCUCCACCCGCUUACUGCGACAGAAUUCAAGGAUGUUAUCAGCAACCUGGAGACGUUGGGGCUAGUGGGCGAAUAUCAGGGUCGAGGUCGAGGGGGUACGGUUGCCGGUGGCUCGGACGUCAGACGCACUCCUUCCAAGUCGGGCAAUGGGCCUAUGACCCCGAGUAAAACGCUGGAUGAGCAGGGCCUCGUUUGCUUUGUUUCUCAAAAAGAAAUUGAGAGUCAGAUUACAGGGCCAGGUGAGGGUAUCCUCAGAAGCUUACUCGGGGGUCAAGGUCUGUGA